AACCGUGGUGCAGGUACGACCGCCUCGAUCUCCUCGACUCUCCGCGUUUAGUACUUCGCGGAUCGUCGGCAGGUACCCGCGGUACCGUUUCGCUUCGCACCGUAACACGGUUCUCAUAUUAUUAUUAUUCGUGCAGUCAGGAUUGAUUUUUUUUUUUUUUUAAAUUUGAGAAAGACUGGUUUUCGAGGGUUUGUAAAUUGAGUGCCUAUAGUGUACAGAGUUUUUGGAGAGAGUUUUAUGUGGAUGUUGGUAAUAGGAGCUGAGUAAAGGGCAGGCUUCUCAUCCAGCAGGACAACUAAAGGAGCGAUUUCUGCCUAAAUAGGAUGAUCACCUGAAAAUGACUUCGAGCCGUCAAGCAGGAGGACAAGAUGGCGGCACGAGCUCUUGCAGGGUGAAACUCAAUCACGUACUGGCCAUCGUGGUGCGAAAGGAAGGCUGCCAGGGGGAUCCCGGGGACUUUUGGAUGUACGAAAAUGGCUACUUGUUAUUUCAGGGUUUGUUGUCGUCAAACUCGGUAUGCUGGUGGAAUAACGCCUUGAACGGAGCCACCAAGAGUCUGGUUUAUUAUGGUUACGUGAAUCCUGGUGCCCUGCUGGUGGGUUCCGAACCAUGUGCCAUCGAGGUUCUUAGGAACGCAUGGGCCAGGAGGGUUCUACAGCCACCACCCGGAUACCAAAUCGUCGCACUAGAGGACAUAGAACACUGUACAGCCAACCCAGUACCCCAAACCCAAUGGACACCCCUACCAGAGGCUGUAUGCGCUGUAGUGCUAAGACUGUCUAGUCAAGGAAGACCCGCCGGCAUAGAAACCAUAAGGGAAGCUCUGAUAAUAGCUUUCCCACACGUGUCACCCCCUAGCGAGCAAACUCUAUAUGAUACGUUGGUGCAGCUCACCAAGGAGCGAAAAUUAUAUAAUACUUCUAGUGGGUAUUAUAUCGUUACCCCCGAAAGGAAACGUUCAAGAAGUCAAUCGAGGACGAGACAGCGAAGAGACCAAGAAAAUGGCCUCGAGUUUGCCAGUCAAUCAAAUAAAACUAUGCUUAUGUCGACUGAGGAGGCCAUGGCGAUGGUGCACGGAGAUAUGACGACCGUAAGAGAUGGAAAUGUCACUCACCAGUGCAUCCAGACCAAUUUGGCUGAUGUUAUUUGUGGUGGUAACUCCAGCGAUAAGAUCUUGUAUCCAAGAACGAAACGAAGAACGACGUCUUUCCCCACUCAUAGGAGUCCCGAAGGGCGAGGGUCAUUUAGGCUUUGGAGCUCGAAUAGGAGACUAAGAAGGUCCGCCUCAACCCGAACCAUCCAUAAACAUUACGUAGACACGUCCAGUAGUACGGAUUAUCCUAACAGUGGGGACUCUACACCAACUCCCAAAAAGGAAUCCCUUCUAUCCAGGAUAUUCCGUAGGUCCAAACGGUCCCAGUGCCAAAUUGGCACGUUCAGUGCCCAAUUUCCCCCUAGCGAGUGGUUCAACUCCAAAGCGGUUCAUUUACAUAGUGUUGGCACCCAGACAUUUGCUGAAAAGGACUCUGGAAUCGAUAUUUCAGCCUACCUGGAAACUUGUGAUAUCAGUUCAGGAUCAGCCACGUUACCACGUCAUCAUCAUAGACGUCAACCGUCCAGUGAUGUAACCCUGCCGACCUCCUAUAGCGGAUCCAGAGAAAACUCGCCUGUUUCACGUUUCGGAAAGUCCCCUUACGCAAGCAGCACCUUACCGAGAAAACUGGCGGUGAGGAGUCGAGAUAGCAGCAGAAAAGCGAGCAGAAGUAGCAUAGGGAAAAGUUCGUCGGCGGAGACAAAAAGCGAGACGAAACACGAAAAAAAAGAAAACGAUGUGGCUUCCCCUCGGUUAAACGGAGAUAGACAAUGUGAAAGUGCCGGGUCGAAUUCACCGGUGAAGAACUUGUCAAGUAUAGACAACAGUGGUCCUAGUAGCAUAGAGUCUCAUAAAAGUAGCAGGACGGGCAGCUCAUUGACGUCGGGUCCGUCCAGCCUGGAAAGUCACAAAACCGUGAUAAACAGGCAAACGGUUAGUUCACCAAAGGCAGAUUCUGCCAUAAAAUGCCAGACAAAAAAAGAAGUCACCAGGACUAAAAUAUCUGCAAAAACCAAUGGGAGCAGCAUGAGCCACAGCAACUCCUUCACCCUAGAAGUGACUACCAAUCAAAAUGGCGUCACUGUUGGAAAUGGUAAUGCUACUGCUACAGCCACCAUUAACACCGGAAGUCCAUCUGGAGCGAACACGAAAAUCUACGUGCAAAAUUCACCCGUACGGUCGGUAAUCACGUUUGAAAAUGGCCAAAGUGACCUCACUAAGCCCAAAGUAGUGGUUAUCAAUGGAAAAGAGGAGACCCCAACCAAAAACACUAACAAAGAAUCUCAAAUGACCAAGGAGGAUAACGGUGAAAGUGAAACGAUGAACAACAGUAGGAAGUUGUCGUUGCAACUCCCUGCUAAAGACAGUUUACAGAACUUGAUUAAAAAUGUUUCACAGAGUAGCCACAACCAAUACAUUUCCAGUUCGAAUCCCGAUUCUCCUGUUGCUAACUCGUUUAGGGAUUUUUCAAAAAACUCUACUAUCUACAACAGUAAUCCUUCCAGUCCCACCAAAAGCUAUGAAGGAAUUCCUUUGGGAAAGUUCUUUAAAAAUGACGUUGGGACCAAAAGCAAAGUGGCCGACAAGAACUUUAUCGGUUCCGAACCGAACAUUUGCUACAAGGACGUUCCACUGACCCCAAGAGAAAACCCAAAAAAAGAGUUUCCCAGUCUGAGCGACUUGAGUUUUAACUUUACCAGUUUAGCCGCUCAGAAGAUCUUGAAAGGGGUCAGUAUUAACAGCGUUGACACGUUGGUGGAACUCAACAUGGCUGCGAACAAUAUCGAUAAACCGAAUAAUUGCGAAGUAGUCCAUACCGAUUUUGGCCUUUUCUAAUAAAGUUUCCAAUCAGUUUUCCGGAGGCGUCUUAUGUCAACUUUCCCAGUGAAAGUUUGCGUUAGGAUGUAAUUUAAGACUAAUAAACCGUUUCGGCCUGAAUUAUCACUACACUGCAGUCGGACUAGAGAACUAUUUUAGUCUGACUUUUAACGAUUUGUUUCCAAACUAAAAAGUGUAUUUCAUAUGUGGAAAAUGUACAGGGAAAUUGUUUUAAGUGACACUUUUGGACGUUUCGUUAAAGCCGCGCACUCUCGUGGCAAUGGCAUGCAACAUCUUCAGCUAUUUGUUUAUUUUUAAAUAAUUUUGAAGGAAAAAAUGCGUUGAUUGUGUGACAAAGAAAAACCAGACAAGCUAGCCAAUAAAAAUUAUUUCGAAGCACUGGGAUACAUGAGAAUUGUCCUUAAGGUGGAAACGUCUAACUGUUUACAGAGUCAAUUCAUAUGUGUCAAAUGUAGAACGCCAUUACUAACUGUCAACGGUCUUAACUGUCAUUUGUGUAAAGUUUCAACGCUUUUAGAGAACAUUCAGAUACUAUACAAGGCAUAUUCCAGGGAGAAUUCCAAUGAUCAGAGUAUAUUAUUCUUAAGCAAAAUUCGAAAAAUUAUCCAAGAAUAUUCUUUCUGACUUGUUCGUAUGCUAUUAAUAAUUUGCAAGAUGGCUCAUUUUUAAAAAACUGCGAUUUUUACGUCAGAUAGUUUAGCUGUUAAAAAAGAGUAAAAAGCAACUGAAAUCCAGUUAGAAAAGAAGGAUAAAGGGAUAUUUACAGGCUUUACUUUAUUGAAAAACGACUCUUGGAUCAAAAAUGUUCACACUUUUUAUUCAAUCUCAGAACCCCACGAUUAACCCUCGAAUAAAGAAUUCUCUUAUAACGUCCUUUAAUGCUGAGUAAUUGGUUUUUAUUGGCUUGAACAAGAAAUAACCAGUUUGGCAGUAUUGGUUGUUUCUUCACAUGUCUGUCAGCCUCGUGACGUCAUUCGUUUUACUCUCCUGUGGAAAUGCUUCUGUGUCCUGUAUUAUAAUUUUCUAGGUAAUCAAAGGCGGGAAUUUCGAAAUGUUCACAAGAAAUCGAAUAUAUAAUAAAAAAAAGGUUACCUAAAAUAAUGUCUUAUGUACUUUAUUUUUUAUAUAAGCUUUGUAACUAAUAUUCUUAACUCACCACAGUAAAAAAAAGUAUGUAAUAUUUUUGUAUAUUUAUUUUUAUACCAGUACGUUUUUAGAAUGUAUUAUAUAACAGAACGAUGCCUUUUCUAUGUGAGCAUAGCCAUUUUAUAUGUACAGAAGAGUCAAUAAAUGUUAUGUAUAGAUAAACUAAUGA